GACCUCCCCAUGUUGAUGCUGUUGCUUGCAUUUGCUGUAGAAGCCACGUUUGGCAGAUGAUAAGGGUGGUUAUAGCUGACACUACAGGGGAUGAGUGAGUCUUUCUUUUAGAGAGAGCAUCUGGAAAAGAGAAGCCCGUCUUUGUUGCUGGACCUAGGCAAGAUGCGUGAAAUUGUGCACGUCCAGAUCGGCCAGUGUGGAAAUCAGAUUGGUGCUAAGUUCUGGGAAGUCAUCAGCGAUGAGCAUGGAAUUGAUACCACAGGAAAUUAUCACGGUGAUUCACCAUUGCAGCAGGAAAGAAUUAAUGUGUAUUUCAAUGAAGCUUACUCUCAUAAGUACGUUCCUCGUGCUGUCCUGGUAGACUUGGAGCCUGGAACAAUGGACAGCGUGCGGUCCAGCAAAAUAGGUCCACUCUUUCGGCCUGAUAACUUCAUUCACGGAAAUUCAGGUGCUGGUAACAAUUGGGCAAAGGGUCAUUAUACCGAAGGGGCAGAAUUGAUUGAAAGUGUAAUGGACAUCGUGAGGAAUGAAUCUGAAGGAUGUGACUGCCUCCAGGGCUUUCAGCUCACUCAUUCUCUUGGUGGUGGGACAGGGUCUGGAAUGGGCACUCUUCUGAUUAACAAGAUCAAAGAAGAAUAUCCUGAUAGGAUCAUGAACACUUUCAGUGUAGUGCCCUCACCCAAAGUUUCAGACACUGUUGUGGAACCAUACAAUGCCAUCUUAUCUAUCCACCAGUUGAUAGAGAAUACAGAUGAAACCUUCUGCAUUGACAAUGAAGCUCUGUAUGACAUCUGUUUUAGAACACUGAAGCUCCCAACACCAACCUAUGGAGACCUAAACCACUUGAUGUCUCUCACCAUGAGUGGUGUCACUACCUCACUUCGCUUUCCUGGCCAGCUCAAUGCAGACUUGAGGAAGUUGGCAGUCAACAUGGUGCCUUUCCCCAGACUUCACUUCUUUAUGCCAGGAUUUGCUCCACUAACAGCUCGGGGCAGUCAACAAUACCGAGCUCUCUCAGUCCCAGAACUUACACAACAGAUGUUCGAUGCUCGGAAUAUGAUGGCAGCUUGUGACCCACGUUACGGGCGGUAUUUGACUGUGGCAUGCAUCUUCAGAGGCCAGAUGUCUACGAGGGAGGUGGAUGAGCAGCUAUUGUCUGUGCAGACUAAAAAUAGCAGUCACUUUGUGGAAUGGAUCCCCAACAAUGUCAAAGUGGCUGUUUGUGAUAUUCCUCCCCGUGGGCUAAAAAUGUCUGCCACCUUCAUAGGCAAUAACACAGCCAUUCAGCAACUCUUCAGUCGUAUCUCUGAUCAGUUCUCAGCCAUGUUCAGAAGAAAAGCAUUUCUCCACUGGUACACUGCUGAGGGGAUGGAUGAAAUGGAAUUUACUGAGGCAGAAGGCAACACGAAUGACUUGGUUUCCGAGUACCAGCAGUAUCAGGAUGCAAGAGCAGACGUAGAAGAAUAUGAGGAAGUGGAGGAGGAGGUCAGGGAAGAAGAAAAGGAAGCAGCUUAAAUGGAAGAACAAUGCCUGACCUUUGGUCUUUAAAAAUAACGAUACUUUACUAAUAUAAUAUGCUGAUUAUCACCAAUUAAAAUGGCUGGAUUCACUUCCAAAAGGAACUUUUAUUAAAUCAAAAGCAGGAACAACCAUGAAGUCAAUAGCCCUCAUCAUUGUCUAUAAACAUAAGUCAAUUGCCUUUGAACAGAGAAAUUUUAUUUAACCAUGACAGUUAAAAGCCAUUGAUAGAUCUAGUUCUUAUUAAUUUAUCCAAUCAUUUAAAGAGUUCUAAAAGUGAUGAGUUAUUUCCCUUUUGAACAAUUAAUGUAACACAUUUAUGUAUUAUGUGAAUACUUUUUUGUCUUGAAUGUACUAUUAGUUAUCUUCAUUGAAUGACCCCCAAAUAUCAACACAGAAUUAAGAUGACUACCUAACACUACCAAUGCCAUUGCUAAGAAGUUAAUUAUUAUUUCAGUAGGAAGAGCAUGGCCACAGAGUUGACACUUUAAACCAUAUAUUUUAGGCUAAUUCAUUGCAAAUUCACUAAAGCAAAGAGGAAGUGCUACUAAAUGUAUCAGGACAUAUUUUAAGUAUUCUGUGUGUGUGUGUGGCAAAAGUGAGUUUUCAGUGGUAUGAGUAAAAGUCCUGAAAUGCAAGGGAUGGUGGUAAUUUGUACAUAUUUUCCUUAUAAAAAUGUGAUAGCAUGAUUUACAAGAUUAUUAACUAUAGGAUUUUAAUUUAUAGAACAGAAAAUGCAUUCUAUAAUACAUCUAUUGGCCUUUAAGGUGCUUCAGGACUCUACCAAAGACUUUUCAAGGGUACUUUUUUGUAGUUGCUUGUAGAAAUAAAUUUGUGUUUCUCAAUUUGAUGUUAGAUGUUCUAGAUGACAUGCUGGCAGAAGAUGUUGAAGAUGGAGUUCAACACAUCUCAAAGGCACCAACUUAUGGUGGUCCAGAGGCUCAGGAAAUUAUAGAAUCAUAGAACUGGAGAGGGGGACACACAGGCCAUCUAGUUUAACUUCCUUCUCAGUGUAGCAUUACAUGAAGCUUUGCACCAAACCACCCCUCCACCAGACAAUUCAGACACUGCCAGCUACAGUAUUAACAUACAUUUCUCUUUAUCUUGCAGUUUUGCUUUUCUGACUUGAAGUGCACUUCAGUGCAUUGUGCAAAUUUCUGUUGAAUGUUUAUACAAACUAUUUAUUUUCCUAUAGUAUAAAACUGAUUUUGCUAGCAGAAAAAAGGAGAAAUACUUCUCUUGGCUGCCAUUUAUUUUACUCAAGUAUAAUUUUGAUUUUAUUUAAGCUAAUGUUACAAUGCAAGUACUGUACUAUACAAUAUCCAAUAAAAAUUAGAUUAAACAGAAUUUGUGUCCAUUUCCAUGAAUUAAAAAAUGUCUUGGAGUUUACACUGUUACAGUUUGUACAAAUUGGAUUUUUCCACCAUCCCCCAAAGAUCUCAGAGAAGGUUGUCACUGUAGAUGUGCAAAACAUUUCCAAUUUCCCCUCCUGUUUUACUUCCUCAACAAAUCUGUAAAAGAUAAUGAAUCACCAUCUUAAUGGCUGGCAAAGUAUUACUUUCUUCAAAUGCUUUUUAUGUGGUGGCGGCUGAACGGUUCAAUUUUUGUUUCAUCAAUCCAAGGCAUUUUGUUCCAAAACAUUUCCGAUUUAUCAACUUUUUCUUUUGCACGCUUUAGAUGCAGUUUUGGGAUGAAACUGGACAAAAGAUUUCCUUCUGACAGUUCUCGCAUACAGAUCACUGUUGGUGAUCCAUUGUGCACCUAACCUUUGAAUCUGUAAACUGCAUGCAAAUAAGAAGCAUGCAUUCAAAUUUAGAGUAAAAUGUCAUAUUUAACUUUGUGCGAUGUAGCAGUUCUGCAGCUUCUCUUCACUUGGGAAUUCACUGAAAGAUACAAUCCGACCACAGCUGAAAAUUUAGGAUACCUAACUUUUUCAGAAAAUCCUAUGUAGCAAACAUCAGUGCUAAAACAUUUAAAACUAACAUUCUACAGUAUUAAGGGACUGUGAACUCACUGAACACAGCUUUGGAGGUUAUCUGCUGAAGCUGCUCUUUUAAUAUAGGAAAACUACUUGUUACAAUAGGUUAAAAAUGGUUUUUAUCCUAAAUGCAGUUUUCUUGGCAACAUCCAUACUACUGCCAAGCUCAACAGCAAACACAAGACAAGUGAAUAUGGAAGCAUCAGAACAUAAGAAAUACUUCCUUAAUACCCAGCUAAUGUUAAGCCACUUUAAAUCUCAUUUCUUCCACUAGACCGCUUUUAACAUGCUUAAUUUUCCUAGUAAAAGUAAAUGGAAUUUAGAAGCACUGGAAUGUGUCCAGAUUCACCAAUGAGAAAAGAGCAUCAUUUAGACCUUAUUUGCUACACUUUAAGUUUUAAAUAUUCAAAAGGUCAAACUACCAAUACAUUUUCUUUUAUAAAGAUCUCAUUGUAUACUUAAAUAUUUUUGUUUUAAAGCAUCAGUAUUCAUUCCAGGCUAAAUUACAGCUUUUCAAAUGUUAAAGCUACUGAGGCAAAUGUGGCUGCAAACCUUCAUCUACAUACUUGGUAGUAAGUUAUGUUAAUCAACAGAAGUUAAUUCUGACAAGCAUGGUGAUUUAAGGGAUUAAGACAUUUUAACUGAAUUUUCUUUCACUGAAUGUUUGCUGUUUAUUUUCAAUAAUAUUUUUCCACCAGAAAGGACUCAAAC